AUGUCUUUGAAAAAAGAAAAAAAACAGAAACAAAAAAACGUCAAAAGUGAGAGUCAUCUAAAAAGUACUACAAAAAAUAUCAAAAAUGAAAGUGAGAGUUUUCUAGCACAAAAGACUUCAAGGAAACAAAAAAAUGAAAGAAGUUCUACUGGCAUUACUAGACAAGAUUCAGGUUUUACAAGAGUCAUCAAAGAUCUUAGUAUCCGUUUUGACUCUAGUUUCAGAAAUGCUGAACGUAAAAGCGAGAGUCUUCCAAAAAAGACCAUACAAAAAGCACAAGAAACUGUUGAACAGAGUUCUACUGUACCUGACCGUUGUAUUACCAGACAAGUUUCAGAUCCUACAAGAACCAGAGAUUAUAGUAUUCAUUCCAGCUUCAGUUUCAGUUCACGUUCCAGUUAUGACUUAAAGGAUCUUCCUCAUUACGCAUCCAAUUUCACAGAAGAUGAUAUAAGGAUACUAAAUGCGACUUUCAUACCAGCUUCAAAUGAGAACGAAGUUAUACCUGCUGUUGAAACCACAAACUUUCUGCGUACAUACAUUAUGCAAAAUAUUACUUGCGUUACUCUUGAAAGGUGUGACUUCGACGUUGGCAAUAUUAAUUCAGAUGGACACGUAAAAACGUUCUUUUACAAACUUCACCAGGUCGUCAUGAACGCAGGUCUUGAUGUGGGCAUGAAGGAAUCCAAAACUGACUCAUUGGUAACUCAUCUGCUAUAUCGCGCUAUUGAUUUUGAUAAUUGGCCAUUAGCGGUUAAAGUUAAAGAAAAAUACAAGAUAAAAGUUAGUGAUAAGAAGAUAAUGGCAAUAGCUGAAUUUGUAAUAGAAAAGCAAGGAGUUGCUAUGACAAUAAUUGUAGAGCAUUUGGAAAAUGUUGAUGUAACGACUGAUUUUGGUGAAGCACAAAUUCUUGCCAAAAUACUUGCUGUGGCAAAUGUAAAUACAAAAGAGAAAGUUACAAAUCAGACUUUAUUCACAGUUCGUGUCAUUUCCACUUAUGUUACAUUUUAUAAGGCAACAAUUUCUAAGGCAUAUUUGAAGGAGAUAAGAAAGGGUUUGCCCAAAAGACGAUCAAUUGAAAUUCAACGAUGGCCAGGACAAAAUGGGUUGAGAACUGGUUUCGAUUUCGCAAGUCCAAAAGGGAGACAAGCAGUGCUUACAGCAUUGGCCAGAAUUUAG